AUGGUAGAAGGCCCCUACGGAGCUGAGCACGUCCUUGACUCAUACGGCUCAGUCGUGCUCUUUGCCGCGGGUGUUGGCAUCAGCCACCAUGUCUCCUACGUGCGCCAUUUGGUAGCUGGUUUUGCAGACGGCACAGUAGCUACCCGUCGCCUAACUCUCGUAUGGGUGAUCCAAUCUCCCGAACAUCUUGAAUGGAUCCGGCCCUGGAUGACCAGCAUCCUGUCCAUGAACCGAAGACGAGAGGUCCUCCGGAUCAUGCUCUUCAUCACUCGACCACGCAACACCAAGGAGAUUCACAGCCCCAGCACGACAGUCCAGAUGUUCCCUGGAAAGCCUGAUAUUGGCACCAUCCUUGACGGAGAAAUCGAAAAGCAGGUCGGGGCCAUGGGUGUCAUGGUGUGCGGAACGGGAAGCCUGAGCGACGAGAUUCGAUUUGCGUGUCGACAACGACAAACUCCUACCCAUGUCGACUUCAUCGAAGAGUGUUUCACAUGGUAA